UGGGAAAUUCUUUUUUAUACUUUAUUUAGAAGAUCUUAUUUAUUUGGUAAUCCACAAAGAUACUUCGGGGUAUUUAAAAGUGCCUGAUUCCUAUUUCUUUCAUUCAUUCUUUCAUUCUUUUUGAUGGAUCUUCCUAGUCUUGUCAGCAGCACAAACAAUCCAAUUCGUUUCUCAGAGACAUCUUGGCUAACUGAAGAUAGCUUUGAUUCAACAGAUUUAGCAACACCCUUAGAUGCCUCACCACUUCCUCCACCUUCAAACAUAUUUUCAAUCAUCAACAUUGUUAAUGAUGAUCCACUACCAAACCCUAAAGGAUACAAUGCUAUUGCAUCCACAUACACAAGACCCCGAGCACAAACUUCACCAAGGCCAAUGUCUGCUUCUAUCAUUCAAUCCAUACCCCAACAAAUCACUACAGUCCAUGACAAUACUGAAUCCAACCUGAAAAAAAAUAAGCUUUGGCCAAAACUAAAGCGUAUGAUCAUGAUGCCAAACACAUCAACAUCUCCUAAUUCAAAAGAAGAACAAGACAAAUACGCAGGUCAGGAUAAAGCUAAACGAUGGCUCAGUAGAAAUAGAGCAAGAGUUGGCCCUCAACGAUAAAAUAAAAUUAUGUACAUGCCAGAAUGUCUAUUCAAAUUCCAUCUAGGUUUUUAGUACUCCCCUCUCUCUCUUCCAUUCUUGUAGUUUUUCUUUUUUUUUAGUCAAUGGGGGAUCUUGAGGACGGGAACGCGUAAGAUACGACCUUUUUACGGUAUCUCACGAACUUAAUGUCCGCUUAAACAUUUCCGAAAUUGUU